AUGCCGGAGCAGUUGGAAAAGAAGUUCAAAGAAGCUAGAACCCAAAUAUUGAUCACCGAUAUUCCGAAGAUCAAAUUUGAUUCGAAAUGGCCAGAGGAUCUGGAGAAGGAGCUGUUUGAGCGAGAGUUUGUUGACUUGAAGCGGAAAUUGCAAUACUACACGCCCCUGGCAUUUUUGAAUAGAAUCGUCAUAAUAUUCGAUGACGAAGCCGCAGCUGAGACGGUAUACGAGUAUUUGAAAGAUCGUCUGAGAAAUUUUUCCUAUAGGAUUUAUCUAGCAGAGUCACUGCUGGCAAAACCGCGGGCCAAAUCCAUGGACGAUGCGGAAGAGUCCGAUAGUCCAGGCGGUGAAUCUCAGAACCACUGUAAGCCAGUGCUUUCGAUUAACACGUAUCGCAGUACUGGAGCGAGCUCGUUGUCUCUAUCGCUUGGGAGUCCUUCCCUUUCCCCUGAAAAAAAUAGCCUAGACUCGCCUACACUCCUAAAGUUUGAUAGCCAGUCCAAGGCACAUUACUAUCAGGAGCCCUUGCCGAGGUCCGACAGAGGCAGUUCUCUAACGAGCUUUUCAUCGUGCACAGAUGUGCCCAAAUACCUGUACAAGCCCGAGCCUUCGCCAAUGACAACUACUUCGUCCGGCGGCCUCGCCAGCUCGAUAAGUUCCGACGACAAGAUACCACCACCAAGCCCCAGCAUUACUCUCAAGGAAUUUCCUCGUUAA